UUCUGCGCCUCCUUUAGCUUUCUAGUCUCUCUAUCCCAUUCUACCGGGAUUAUGGUUGACUGCAGCUCUGGAGAGAUGUUGCUGCUGCUUCUGUUUGCCGUAGCAGGCAUCUUCCUUAGCCAGGUGCCCGGAGCCCAGAGUGCAGCCUGUGAACCUGUGCGUAUCCCCCUGUGCAAGUCCCUACCCUGGAACAUGACUAAGAUGCCCAACCACCUGCACCACAGCACCCAGGCGAAUGCUAUCUUGGCCAUCGAACAAUUUGAAGGCCUGCUGGGUACCCGAUGCAGCCCAGACCUGCUAUUCUUCCUCUGUGCGAUGUAUGCGCCUAUCUGUACUAUUGACUUCCAGCACGAGCCCAUCAAGCCUUGCAAGUCUGUGUGUGAGAGAGCUCGGCAGGGGUGUGAGCCCGUCCUCAUCAAAUACCGCCACUCGUGGCCAGAGAGCUUGGCCUGUGAAGAACUGCCCGUCUAUGAUAGGGGUGUCUGCAUCUCUCCUGAGGCCAUAGUGACUGCAGAUGGAGCUGAUUUUCCUAUGGAUUCUAGCAAUGGAAACUGUAGAGGCGCCAGCAGUGAACGCUGCAAAUGUAAGCCUGUAAGAGCCACACAGAAGACCUAUUUCCGGAAUAAUUAUAACUACGUUAUUCGGGCAAAAGUGAAGGAAGUAAAGACUAAGUGCCAUGAUGUUACUGCAGUAGUGGAAGUAAAGGAGAUUCUGAAAUCUUCUUUAGUGAACAUCCCAAGGGAUACAAUUAAUCUUUACACAAAUUCAGGUUGCUUAUGCCCUCCACUCAGUGUUAAUGAGGAAUAUCUCAUCAUGGGCUAUGAAGAUGAAGAACGCUCUAGGUUGCUCUUGGUGGAAGGUUCAAUAGCUGAGAAAUGGAAGGAUCGUCUUGGUAAAAAAGUUAAGCGAUGGGAUCUGAAGCUCCGUCACAUUGGGUUAAGCAAAACUGAAUCUGGUCAAAGUGAUUCCACACAGAAGUCUGGCAGGAACAAUAACCAGCGGCAAGCACGCAACUGAAUGUGAAAUGAGAAACGUGAAAACCAAUGGAUUCCCUUGUAAGACUUGCAUUGUUGGAGCAGCAAAGGAAAAAUUGCACUAUUGCACGUUAUACUCGAUUGUUUACUACAAAAUCAAAUUGUAACUGAUAUUAGUCUUAUUUUCCCU